UACUCAUAAUGAAACCAAUAUCAGGUAGAAAAUCAUAACCAGAUAUGAUAGUACCAAAGGAUGUACAUUCUUGUCCUAGAACCAAGCUUCCUUCAAUGACAGUAAGAGGGGGCGGUGAUCAUCAAUGAAGACAGCAAUAUUCAAGGAUUUUGCCUAUAUUUGGUUCAUGCACCAGAUCGAUACAGAAGGGGAAGAAAACAAAAACAAGCCAUCCGUGGGGGAGUUGAAAAUUGCAUGGUGCCAUUAUUAGUGAAUGAAUUUGUUGCUGUUAUCAGCCACACCUACUGAAUCAUUGAUGCAGGAAUUGAGCUGGAGAUAGGGACAAUGGGGACACAAUGUUGGGAUACUGUUGGAUCCAAAAAUCCAAAUGCCCAUAUGCAGAUAAUCAUGGCACCGAAAGGAAGAUAACAUCCCAUUUCCUCUCCAAUCUAUAUAAACUUGCUGUGGAUGGCAAUGGAAGGCAAUAUCAGUUUCUUCAUUCAUCAUCUUCUCUCUUGAACUAGCAAAAAGAUAUAAACUUUCCCAUCUUCUAAUACUCACCCAAAAGAAAACCCACAAAAAUGGCAGCUCUCUCUUUCCAUGCUAGGUCCAACAGUUUGCCUGCAGAAUCCCACCCUCUGGUUUCAGAGAUUGAUGAGCAAGUCUGCAGGUUGAGACAAUCUCAAGCUGCUUCUACCCCAUCAUCUUCCAUUUCCCACAAGCUGAGUGGCCUCCAGGAUUUGUAUGAUUGUGUUGACAAGUUGCUGCAGCUGUCAACAACCCAACAAGCCUUAGCCGAUGACCAGAAAUGCUUCAAUGAGUUGUUGGAUGGAUCUUUGAGGCUCUUGGACUUGUGCAACACAGCCAAGGAUGCCUUGUCACAGAUUAAAGAGGCGGUGGCUGAACUUCAAUCCGCUAUCCGUAGAAGGCAAAAUGAUUUGGAAGGAGAAACCAGAAGAUACCUGAAGUCGAGAAACAUUGUAAAGAAAGCAAUUCAGAAGGCCUUGAAGGGUAUGGAUAGCAAGAAAUCCUCUUCAUCCAAUGACAAUGAGACAAUCAACAUGUUAAAGGAAGCCGAGUCCAUUGUUGUUGAGGUAUUGAGGUGCUUGUUGUCAUUCAUUUCUCAGUCAAGCUCCAAGCCAAGCAGCUGGUCAUUAGUUUCCAAGCUGAUGACAAACCAGAAAGGAGCUUGUGGAGGAGAGAAUGAGUUUGCAGAUGUGGAUGCUUCACUAAAGAUGAACAAACCUUCGGACGAAGUUCGAGCACAGCUGAAAAGCUUGGAACUUUGCAUUGAGGAUCUUGAAGAGGGAGUUGAGUGCUUGUUUAGGCAUCUCAUCAAAACAAGAGCUUUCAUUCUGAAUGCUCAUAAUAUGUGAAAAACAUACUUGUAUACACAUUACAGUACAUAUGUUGCACAUUUUUUUGUACAUUUUGAUACUCAAUACAUGAAAAGAACAUGUCACAUGAUCAUUCCAUGGAAAAAUUAAGUCUCCAUUUUGCUUCUUUCAUGUCCAAUUUUAAGCCUCGUGAUUAGGGAUAGUUAAGGUGAUAUACACCCUUUACUCUUAUGAUUUUCUAUCGAUGAAAACUUAGAUGACAUUCACAUACAAGGCCAGGACACCAAAUAAUGAUCAGAUCAAUAAUCACACCUUAACAGCAACGACACAAAGUGGUGAUUUGUCUUGAGUGAAAGGGUUGAUUGGAUUAGUAUUAACACCUCCCUUGUGGUAAUUACUAAUAAGGCUUCUUGUUGAGUUGGCAUGCUUUAAAUUAUGAAUCUACUUAUGUGCAAAAGGUAUACAUUUCCAUAAGUAAGAAACUGUGUGAUGAGUGGAGCUGGUUGCUAAGCAGCAGACAUAGGUUAGUUCUUCAGAACUUGAAAGUUUUAGCAAAGAUGAACAGGUUUAUAACAAAAUGUAACAAUUAGC